AGUAAGCUAAUAAAGUUUACUACUUUAAUCUAAUAAUGAAAUUAUACCACAUUUUAUUCUUGUCGUUAGCCGUUGGGCUCGUAAUCGCCGACUCUUCGUCCUCGAGCUCAAGCGACUCGUCCGACUCGGACUCGGGCUCCGGUCAUAAACACCAUAAGAAGCACAACCAUAAGGGCAGAGACCACGUGGUGUACGUUCCCAUCCAACGCUACGAGCCUCAGCCAGUGGUGGUACGCGUGGAGUUUGACCUGAUCACUUUGUUCAACGACAACCAUCUUGGUGAAUUGGCCGUCAAGUGCCAAGAUCGUUUGUACGAUUUGGGCAACAAUUUGCGCUCAUUCUUCACCUACCUGGCCAACGACCAUGAUAACUUUGACUUUAACAUGAAGGACGACGCUGCUCAAUUGCUGGAAGACCUGCGACAAGGGCUGCAACAUUUUGGCGACAAACUUGGUCAUAAGGGUAGCAAACAAUUUGGGGACAGACUGACCAGGGUGGAAAACCGUUUGGACAAACUCAGAGACUAUAUGCGCAAAUCGUUUGACGAGAUCACUAAACACGAGCACGAGGGCCACCACGACUCAAUCUACCGAGAGCACAAAUUGGGCGACACCCUGGUCAAACUGAGCGAGAACCUUGGUGAAGCAGUUGGUGUGGACAACUUGGACCAAUUCAAAGACCUGCGACAAGGGCUGCAACAUUUUGGCGACAAACUUGGUCAUAAGGGUAGCAAACAAUUUGGGGACAGACUGAAGAGGGUAGAAAACCGUUUGGACAAACUCAGAGACUAUAUGCGCAAAUCGUUUGACGAGAUCACUAAACACGAGCACGAGGGCCACCACGACUCAAUCUACCGAGAGCACAAACUGGGCGACACCCUGGUCAAACUGAGCGAGAACCUUGGUGAAGCAGUUGGUGUGGACAACUUGGACCAAUUCCAACACGUUCUCUAUGGCUUCUAUCACGACAUCGGCACCGCUUUCGAUCGCGCUCUCGACCGACAGCUGGACUACGUUAGGGCGGGCGCGAGUCGAGUGCCCACGAAAUACGCCUAUUUGUUGGACUUUCACAACGAAUGGAACGCAGACUUUGUGGACAUUAUCAACACUUUCAACACUUAUAACUCGGAUGAUGUCGUUUACACCAUUCAAUUCUAA